UCAUGUUGGCCACAUUUCAUUAUAUGCACUCUAAUAAUAUCUUUUGUUUUCUCCCUCCUGGCCAGGCUACUCCAGAGACGACUGAAAUAGACUUAGAUGGAGGAAUUGAUCAAGACAUCUUUGACAUCAAUGAAGCUUUAGGACUGAACCUUUUUGAAGGAGACAUCAAGCUUGACAGGAUGCAGGAACGAAACUCCAUCAUUGGCGACGAGUAUCGAUGGCCCCACACUAUUCCCUAUGUCCUUGAAGAUAGCCUGGAAAUGAACGCUAAGGGACUCAUCCUCAAGGCAUUUGAGCAGUAUCGGCUAAAAACCUGUAUUGACUUCAAACCUUGGGAAGGAGAGAAGAAUUAUAUAUCUGUGUUCAAAGGAAGUGGUUGCUGGUCCUCAGUAGGAAACCGCCAACAGGGGCUGCAACAACUCUCGAUUGGAGCCAACUGCGACCGAAUUGGGACGAUUCAGCACGAGUUCCUUCAUGCGCUGGGAUUCUGGCAUGAGCAGUCACGAUCCGAUCGGGACGACUAUGUGUCAAUAGUGUGGGACAGAAUUCAGUCCGGUAAAGAACAUAAUUUCAAUAAAUACGAUGAUAAAACAUCAGACUCGCUGAAUGUUCCCUAUGACUACACUUCUGUGAUGCACUAUAGCAAAACUGCAUUCAGGAACGGAACUGAACCAACUAUCGUAACUAACAUACCGCACUUCAUGGACGUAAUUGGACAGCGAAUGGAUUUCAGUGAUUAUGACCUCCAGAAACUGAAUCAGCUGUACAACUGCUCCUCCUCCUUAACCUUCAUGGACACAUGCAGUUUUGAACUUGAAAAUAUAUGUGGCAUGAUUCAAAGUUCAGAUGAUAACAGUGAUUGGCAGCGUUUGUCUCAGGUUCCUGCUGGGCCAAAUACCGAUCAUACCAAUAUGGGAGAAUGCGAAGAUUCGGGCUACUUUAUGCAUUUCAAUACCAGCACUGUAGGACCGGGAAGCACAGCUGUCCUGGAGAGCCGAAUUCUGUAUCCCAAAAGAGGUUUUCAGUGCUUGCAAUUCUAUUUCUACAACAGUGGGCAUGAAAGCGACCAGCUACAUGUCUGGGUCAGGGAGUAUACUUCGGCCCAUCCCAAUGGUACUUUGAGACUCAUUGAAGAGAUAAGAGCUUCCCCUGUGGAUUACUGGCAGCUCCAUCACGUUUCUUUGAAUGUCACAAGUAAAUUCCGGGUUCUGUUUCAAGGCAUAAGAGGAACUGGCUUAUCAAACGGAGGUCUCUCUAUUGAUGACAUCAAUUUGUCAGAAACACAGUGUCCCCACCAUGUCUGGCAUGUCAGAAAUUUCACGCAUCUCCUCAACACAAGUCCUGAAGGGACAGCAGGAAGAAUAUACAGUCCACCUUUUUACUCUAGUAAAGGAUACGCUUUUCAGAUCGGCUUGUAUGUAAAUGGUACCAGUGAUAACCCAUCUAAUUUAGCAAUCUACUUGCACUUGAUUUCUGGAGCAAACGAUGAUCAGCUGCAAUGGCCCUGUGCAUGGCUACAAGGUACCAUGAUUCUGCUGGACCAGCAUCCUGAUAUUCGUCAACGGAUGUCAAACCAAAGAAGUGUAACAACAGAUCCUCUAAAAUUAUCAGGUUCCUCAUCAAAUUAUUUUUGGGAUAGACCAGAUAAAGUGGGAUCAACAGCUUAUUUUCCAAAUGGAACUACAUUCAUGAGAGGUCCAGGAAGUGGAACGAGUGCAUUCUUAACUCAUCAGAGACUUAGAAGCCGCAACUUUAUUAAAGAAGAUGGUGUUUAUAUUCUUUUAACAAUAGAAGAUAUAUCACAUCUACUGCCAGCUCAGCCAAGUGUUUCACCCACCUUUGCUAUGAAUACUUCCAACGCCAACACCAUCACGCCUACCUCCGCCACCACGACGUCCACCACCACCACUGCCAAGGCUACCACUAGACCUACCACCACCACACCAUCCAUCACAACAACCUCUAUCAUCCCGACUGAAUCCCCGGAGAUAGAUAGUCCAGAUUCCUGUCCAGACAACCCUUGUAAAAAUGAUGGCAUCUGCAUUAUUAUAGAUAAAGCACCCGUGUGCAGGUGUCCAGCAGGUGAUGAUUGGUGGUACAUGGGAGAAAAGUGUGAGAAGAAAGGCUCAGCUCAAGAAAAUAUUGUAAUAGCUGUUUCUUCAACCAUAACUGUAUUUGUUGUUAUGCUUAUUGUCACUAUCACAAGCAUAGUGUGCCUUAAAAAGAAGUACAGCCAAGGGAAGGAAAACAGCGAGAGCCUGACUCUAGAAGAAAGUAAAACAUCCUUCUGAAGAUACUGAAAGCAAGCACUAAAGACUCAAGAUGGACAUCGCUGUAAAACCACAGCCACAUCAUUAUUCUUCCUGUUAUUUUUAUCUCAGCCAUCAUGUUAAAGGAUAAUAAAGGCUGAAAAAUAAAGCACCAUCGGGAUGAAAUACCAUGCUAAAGCCAGUGAAGUGUCUGACACUGCUGUGUGUAUGUAUGCAAUGGAGAAAGCUGGAAAUAUGUUCUGUGACACGCCUGCCCUGUGCUUUAAGUCUACCUGAACGGGAAGAAAACACAUGAAACUACAUCCUGGCUUUCAGUUAACACAGUGAAGUCCAGGUUUGCCAUCUUGUUAUGAUAUAGUGGCCUUUAAUAUCAGGAAAGUGGAGUCUGUAAUCAAAGGGGAUCUGCCAGUCUUGAGUUCUGCAACAAUUUUCACAGUUUACACAGCAGUGUAACAGUAUGUGGAACAGGAGAGCAUCAGAUUCAUUAAGCUACUUGGUUAAGGACUAUUUGGUAUAGAAGCAAUAGCAAGGAAAGUGAUAAAUUAAAUGCACAGACACACAGACAUUAAUGACCAGGUGAUAACAGAGACAAUAAUGAAGAUCAGAUCUCUUCGGCCACUGACUGAUCAGCCAUUAAGGGAGCUAAUCAGGAAUAGCCUCAAAGAGGGCCAGCCUGAACUACAUAUUUUAACUGAUAAG